AAUACCGCACUGUUUCCUUCAGGAACAGUCCAGACACAGGACCUACAGUUCAGGAGUGGGGUCUUCUGUGGCAGGCAGAGGGCUGUGGAGGGGGCCGUGAUGACCUGCUUCUUUAGAGGAUGAGCCUUGUCUGUUCCUGAAACUCUACUCCAACUGCAAAGAUAAUUUCUCAUGCGCUAGGGCUUUGAUCCUGAAAAUAAUUCUUUGAGGAAGCAUCUGCAAAACAAGUAUCUGUUCUUUACUGAUGACACUCAAGUGAAAACUUACCCAAGAUCUCACAGCUCAUAAAGGUUGGGGCCAGAGCCAAAGAAAACACUUGUGGCUACCACCAGGUGAGCCGGGGUCAAGUAAGAUCAUGAAGCUGGAAUCACUUAUUGGACCCUAAGCAUGCUGGUGUCCCCCUCACUGAGCCAUGCCUGAGAGCUGAGCUCCUGGUGUCUGGUUUGCUUGUGUGUGUGGUGUGAAUUAGUUUGCAGAAUCACUCCCUAAUGAUGGCGGAGAAGUUACAAGUACCUGACAACCCCCAAGAAGGCCGGGGGAAGAUCAAGAGGGACAUCCUGAGGUAUACCAAGAAGGCCUGGGUUCCUCUGGAUGAGCAGCUGUAUCCUGAUCCCAAGGAGGAAAGCCAGACUGCCACCGUUGCCCUGCUGGCUAUAGAAGAUUCCAAGAGGGAAAGUAUCCAGCAGUGGCUGGACUCUGGAUUUUUUAUCUCUGUAAAUGAAAACGUUCAACAACUCAUCAACCACACUGUUGCUUUGCAUGAACAGGGAAUGGUUCAAACGACUGUGAAAGACUACAUGAGAUCUCUGCACCAGUUUUCAGAAACUCCUGCCCUAUCAAGAGGGACUAGUUUUAAUUCUUGUUAUUCUACCACAAGUGUACCACAAAGCAUUCCGGAAUGGCUGGAACUUUGGGAAAAAGAUCCUGUGGAGAUUCUCUUGGAUCUGGGGUUUGGUGCUGAUGAGCCAGACAUCUGCACACGAAUCCCAACCAGAUUCCUUCGCUGUGGCUCAGCAGUCAGAGGAAUUAACAUACGUGUUUUCCUUGAGGCUCAGAAGCAGCGGAUGGACCUUGAGAACCCUGACUUCUAUGGCCGUUUCCGACAGCUAGAAGUACUGGACCAAGUCACUAAUGCUCUGUCAUCGUUGCUGAAUGAUGUUAACACCCUGCAGAAUGAAGCUGAAGAGAAAGCCGGAGGACAGAGCAUGAACAGAACCUCAGUGAGUGGGGUCAAACAGCAUCACACAAGAGCGAGUAAACUUUUUCAGAGAGCUUCGAGACAGAGCAUUAGGAGGGACUAUCACACAGAAGCAUCAGGAUCAAUCAAGAUGAAGGAUGGAGUUUUCAUCCCUUCUACCAAACCGCAGGAGUAUGCAGCAGAAUUAUCAGCAGCUUCAUUCAGUCCCAACCAAAGUCACCAGUUUCCUUUAACAGAAUCUCAUUCUGUCCAAGCCACUGACAGCUUGACAUCUUGCCACCCUCUUCAAGUUCCUUUAAGCAAGCAGUGGCCUUGUUCAUCCAUGCUGGCUACACAAACUCCUCCUUCCUGUGUGUCUAAGGACUCCGGCAAAGGUGGAACUCAGAAGGAAAACUCCGUUCACAUCAACAAGCUCAAGCGAUUGUCUCGACUUGUGGCUAAAGCACCAGACUCCUUUGAAAUGGAAGAGGUCCAGAGCUUUGAGGAGGAGACUGGUAGCCCUCUUGACAUGACUUCAGGAAUUGUAGGCACCAGGGUGGACAGAGCCAACAGUUGUCAGUCUGACAGCAGUGGGUUUUUGGAGGAGCCAGCGGAACCUCUGCCCCUCCAGAGGCCUUCCUUGCCAACCAGCCAGAGUCCUACUGAGAAUGGAGAUAGAAAGUCUUGGGAUCAGAGUCACAGCUCAGUGUCAUCCCAGGACUGUCAGCAGCAGUCCAAAGGGCUUGGUUCCAAGAGCAUGGUGAGCUCAUCUUUGACAAGCCAAGACUGGAGUGUCUUGGAGGGAAAGACCUCAGCAUCUGUGGUGAAGGAAGAGCCUCAGCUUGAGGCCACAGAGGGGCCGCAAGAGCUGUUGAUCCCUGAUAUGCCCCUUGCCAAGACCACCACUUGGGGAGAACACCCAUGGGAAGACAGCCAUCUGCAGCAGCCCUCACCAACACCCAGUGCUGAAUACGAGGGGGUUGGAGCCAUAGCCACUUCCACAGUUGACACCCCUCAGGGGAUUACAGUGACCCACAUCACAGAACAGAAGAAAGGAUCUCUGAGGCCUGAGGGAGAUGGGGAAGUGCUCAGGCAAAGGCGCCACUGCGACUCUCAGAGGUCACCUGGAAUUGAUCAGACCCAGGUCAGUUUCCCUCAGAAGGGCUCUGAUGUGCCAGUAGCAGAAGAAAGCAGCAAACACUGUCCUGACAUCAAUAACAUCUUACUGGCACAAGAGAGGCCACCCCAGCACCUUCCCAGGCCCCGAGAAGUCAUACCUUACAGAUCUGACCUUGUUCAAGCACCUAACAAGUCCACUUCUCACUCCAAUAAAGUGCUUGGAGAUGCUCCCAUGGACUCAAGCGCUGGCUGCUCCAGGUCUGUGACAACUCAGCUGUCCUCCAGUCUGGUGUCAGCUGCUCAGAGUGUUGUGGCUUUGGGCGUGAAUUACAGAAGAACAGAUACAGAAUGUACUCUGUGUGGCCCUAUGACUACAACAGAACUGAGAGAGGAGACAGAAGCAAGACAGGUCAAUGAUGUUUCUGUUCAGACUUACACAUGCGAAUCUGAGCCCUGCCAUUGCUGUAUAUUCCCAAACAAUGAAGCCUUCUCUCACGGACACCCACCCCUCACCAAAUCGGUCUCUCUGGACACAAGUUUCCCAAGUGUUGACCUAAUAGGCACUUGCCCCACCACACCCACUCCCUGCUGUGUCUGCUGCCAUCACCAUUUCCACAGCUGUGAGAAGAGUCUAGGCAUUGGCCCUGCACCCUCUGCCAGCAGACAUUGGCUGUGUUCACAUGCAGAGCACAUGGAAACCAAGUUCACGAAGACCUCUAGGGCUCUUCAGGAUACGAUCAUAAGGGAGCUGUGUUCUGGCACCGUCCAUGAGAUGGAAGCUAUGAAGAUGAUAUGCCAGAGUUUCCGGGAGCAUUUAGAGGAAAUUGAACAGAACCUUGUGGGACAGCAAACACUCUUUUGCAAGUACAUGUCAGAGGAGGAAAGGGAGGAGGCGGAGCAACUUCAGACUUUACGUGAGGCCCUAAGGCAGCAGGUGGCUGAACUGGAGUUUCAGUUAGGACAUCGGGCCCAGCAAAUCAGAGAAGGGAUUCUCAUGCAGCUGGAGCUCCUCACAGGGGAGAUGUCUGAACAUUGCACAAGUCUGCAACAAUACAGCUGGAUGGAAGAAAAUGAUGGCCAGACUUCAGAUGCUGGCACCCAGCCCACCGUCGCCCCUGAGCUUGCCUUUCCUCCCAGUGGUGGCCACCAGGUUCCCUGUGUAGGCACGACACAGAUGGCUGUCCUUGCUGCACCUCACUUGGAGACCAGCACCAGGAUGUCUCUCUUGUCACCAGCUUGGGCAGAAUCAGAUCCAGCCUGUCUGUUACAUCCUGUUGAAGAAAAGGAUGCAAUGUCCUCCUCUAGAUCAGAGCUCAUUUGAUGACCUUUGUGAAAAAUGUAAAAGUCAAGAACAAUUGUAGCAAGGACAUCUAGAUUCCCCCUUGCAAAUGUCUACCAACCUUCCACCAGUUAUAUUUUUCAUAAUCUACUCUAGGAUUAAAGUUGGGAGAAUUCAGAAUA